UACGAGUAUGUAAAGUUGAGAAACAGUACUGUACUAAUUUUUUCUUGCUGCCACCAUUUCAACCUCGGUCUUCCUUUGUGAGGAGCAAGUUUUGUGCUUUGCGAUGUCGGCCAGGCCUGGCAAGUCCCUGUAUGUCAGGAACCUCUCUCAUAAUGCACGGAAUGACGACCUUCGCAAGGUGUUCGAGAAGUAUGGGCCAAUUUCUGAUGUUUACAUGCCCCUAGACUACUAUACCCACCAGCCUAGAGGGUUCGCGUACGUACAAUUUGAUGAUCCCCGUGACGCCGACGAAGCCCUCUACGGUACGCAGCGCGGAGCUCGCCUGCUGGGACGCGAGCUGGAAGUGGAGUUCGCAAAGGGUGAUCGAAAAGAUCCGCACCAGAUGCGUUCUAAGGAAGGCCGCUUUAGACGCUCCAGAUCGCCAGAUCGACGUGACAGGCGCAGGCGUCGCUCUUAUUCUCGCUCUCCAAGUCCACGUCGUCGCUCACGUUCACCACGCCGGCGCUCUCCGUCUCCUGACCGAAGGCCUCGCAGUCGUUCAAGAUCACCCUAUGAGAGGCGGCGCCGAUCCUACUCUCCACAGCCGCGCUAUUCCGAGAGUCCGCCAAGGGGUAGACGGUCACGUUCUCCAAGCCCACGCUAGAGUGUGUGCCACACACCGCUGCUGCUGCUGCCUAGCAAUGCUGUUGUUUUUCAUGGCGCUGCUGUUCUGUGGUUCAAGAGCAUCUAUUCCCUUUCGUUCGCUCCCCCUCUUUCUUAUGAUUUCGUUUUCAGAGACGCAACAUUUUCUUUUUGUUGAAGGACGUCAAACAGCAUUGUGGUUCCUGAAUCCAGCCUCGAUGUCUUUUUGAGGUGAACUGUGGUGCCUGUCAUGAAUCAGUAUAGUAUGCGUGCAUAUAGUGCCUUGCUGGGCUCGCUCGCACAUUUUUUCGGCAGGACUUAUUGAUUUUCAGAUGAAGACUUUAUGAGAGAACGGUGGCUUGCUUUGUUCAACUGUUGUAGGGUGGCUGGCUUGGCAUGGCUGCACACACUCCCCUCCCUGCAGCGUUAUUGUGUGUCUUGUCAUGUAGCGAAGCACUGCCAGUGGCUGCACUGGUGCGGUAGCGAAUUUCUUGCCGUGUUUGCACUGCUGUUUAGCGUAUCUGCAGUGGUAGACUGCUGUCGCCCCUGAGGCCUCACUGUUUGCCCGAGUCAUGGCGUUGCAUCCAGCGUGCUGAGCGUGCAGCGUUAUCUCACACUGCACAUAUUUUGCUUUACUAAUAGCUGUGCUGUGCUUGUCACCUGUUUUAUUCAACUCGCUCAACUUAGAUUUUGAAAUGCGUGCAAUUUAGUUCCGCAUGCCACCCAUGUAUGCCUACACAUACAAUGUAGCGGCAACGUUACUGAGUUUGAUUGAUUGUGUGUCUGUGUUACACCCUACUGUA